UUGAUUGAAAAGUUUCGGUGGUUUAGCGGAUGUAAAGUGGGUCACGGAUAAGGUAAGGGGCCCACAGGUAUUUAUUACCCAGCAAGGCGGCACAGCAAUCGGAGUCCCACCCUACCAAUUAUGACGCACUCUAUGAAAGUGAAAACUACGUGACACAAGUAACACAAGUUUGGCCAAGGAAGCGCCGAAGAGACGAGAUCUCCAUGCAAUCAUUUUCCUACACGACCCUGAAGCUUAUUAUUAUUUUUAUUUUUAAACAACUUCACAAUAUUUCUUCUUUUCUAUUAGUCCAAUACUUGUGUUUUCUUUCCCUUCUCCCCUUUUUAAAAGAGUAAAGUCGUUGAAUUCCCCAUAUUCAUACCUUGUCGAUAUGCAUGGUCUUUCUUAUCGUCGCUCCUUUGUGUAAUUCCUAAUAAUACCUUUUGAGAUACCCUAAACUAGAAAUAGUCACGAUGCCGUCACAGUUAGGAGCUGCCAAGGCUUUUGCUCUUCGUGCCAGCCGACAAAGCUCUCCUAAUUAUGUCUUUACAUCUUCUGCUCUAUUAAAACAAAUAAAACUAACUAAACGCGUUCAUGCCUCUCAAUUCGGUAUCCUAUCUCGACCCAACCCCUCGAAACGCAAUAAUACUUUCGCGAAAGCUACACAAUGGCUAGGUCCCUCGAAUACCAUUGCUCGCACACUAUCUGGGAAACCCCUCCCACAGAGACGAUCCGUCGUUCUUAACUUCGCAUACCGUUCAGCUGCUUUACUUGGUACUGGGAUUGGGUUCAUAGGAGUGUUACUCGCAGCUUUCUUCAUAUACGACUCCACCACAUAUAAAGAAUCGGCCCUUACGUUUGGAGAUUGCCAAGUCUCCGAAGCUGCUCUGAAUCCUCGUAGAGGAGGCCCUAAAAACCUACCUAUCAUAGAAGCUCUCCUCGACGAUGACGAUAACGAAGAAGCGAAAAAGAGGAAGACCAAGCCACGACUUGUGAUCUUGGGGAGUGGAUGGGGGAGCGUUGCGCUGAUUAAGCAACUGAACCCCGAAGACUACCAUGUUACGGUUAUCAGCCCGAAAAAUUAUUUCUUAUUUACUCCUAUGCUGCCCUCCGCGACUGUCGGGACUCUGGAGUUGCGAAGCCUCGUCGAGCCCAUCCGCAGGAUACUUUCACCCAUUGGCGGGCAUUAUCUUCGAGCAUCAGCAGAAGACGUUGAAUUCUCCCACAAGUUAGUCGAGGUUUCACAAACAGAUUCCAGGGGUAAAGAAACUAGGUUCUACGUGCCAUACGAUAAACUGGUUGUUGCAGUCGGAUCGGUCACCAACCCCCACGGAGUUACUGGUCUUGAGAACUGUUUCUUCCUCAAGGACAUUAACGACGCUCGCAUGAUCCGAAACCAAGUCAUGAAGAACUUAGAACUCGCUUGCUUGCCAACAACGGCCGAUGACGAACGUAAGAGACUACUGUCAUUUGUAGUAAGCGGUGGAGGCCCCACAGGUGUGGAAUUCGCUGCGGAGCUCUUUGAUUUGUUGAAUGAGGAUUUGACUAGGAGAUUCCCUCGACUCUUACGAAACGAGAUCUCGGUACAUUUAAUACAAAGCCGUGGACACAUUUUAAAUACGUACGAUGAGGCGCUUUCUAAAUACGCCGAGGACCGGUUUGCUCGCGACCAAGUCGAGGUUCUCGUCAACUCGAGAGUAAAGGAGGUGCAGGAGGACAAAAUCAUAUUCACACAAAGGGCUGAAGACGGCAGCGUUGUUACCAAAGAACUCCCUAUGGGUUUCUGCCUCUGGUCCACGGGCGUUUCUCAGUCCGAGCUCUGCCAACGAAUUGCAGCGAAACUAGGUCCAGCACAGAACAAUCGUCAUGCACUAGAAACUGAUACUCAUCUACGACUUAACGGCACACCUCUUGGUGAUGUCUACGCGAUUGGUGACUGCUCUACUGUUCAAAAUAACGUCGCAGACAACGUUGUCUCUUUCUUGCGCGGGCACGCCUUCAGACUAGGAAAGGACCCGGAAACCGUUGAACUUCACUUCCGUGACUGGCGCGCCGUAGCUCUGGACGUCAAGCGACGUUUCCCACAAGCAGCAGCACAUUUGAAGCGCCUUGACAAGUUAUUCAUGCAAUUUGACAAGGACCAGUCCGGCACGCUAGACUUCGGCGAGCUUAGAGAGUUACUGAAGCAGAUCGACAGCAAGCUGACCUCCUUGCCCGCUACCGCCCAGCGAGCCAACCAACAGGGUCUUUAUCUUGCCAACAAGUUCAACAAGCUGGCACACGCCGCUGCUGGAUUACGGGCAAACGAUAUCCGCGACGGCGACCUAGAUGAGGCAUGCUAUAAGGCGUUCGAGUACCACCAUCUAGGCAGUCUGGCCUACGUCGGCAACUCCGCUGUCUUCGACCUCGGAGGCGGAUGGGGCGUUACCGGUGGUCUGUGGGCUGUCUAUGCGUGGAGGAGUGUAUACUUCGCGCAAAGCGUGGGCGUCCGGACAAGAGUCUUGAUGGCCAUGGAUUGGGCGAAGAGGGGUCUUUUUGGGCGAGAUCUGAUGAGCUUCUAGAGACACUAGAAAGAAAAUGGGGGUAAUCUACAGGACCUCGUGUUAGUUACAUUCUUAGAAUUUCGAAGAGUUUACACAUACCUACAGCAAGCAAGAGACGUCGAUAUCAGCCGGUGUUCGGAGUGGGAGUCGAACAAUGAAGUUCAUUUAUAUCUGUUAGUCCUGGGAUUACACGACAGGAGAGGAGAUAGAUAGCAAGCAAGCGGGCUAGAAAAGUUUUAUUUUUAUAGUAAUGGGGAAAUGCGAGGAAGUUUUACCUCCGUGCCUAUCUUCGGUUCAUGCUCCAAAGGUCUCGAGUCUCAUGGUUAUUCCGGAGCGAAGCUGAGUCGGCUUGGAAAAUCGCCGACCUCCAAAUUCGCCCAAUACCCAACUUGGUGAGAAAGUCCCUUACAUUAAAUUAGUAAGACUGCACGGCAUACGCAGACCAGAGUCAGCUUCGCCUAUCCAUGAGGGGUAAAUGGUAUCAUUUCCGCAGACCUGUAUUUCUCGCUAUUAUAGGG